UGCGACCGGGGCGGGGACCUGUGGCCGUCGUCGCGGCGGCGCCCUCGGGGCGGGGGACCGGCCCGCAGGUGGAAGCGCCCCGGGGAGGUGGGUCCGCCCCCCGGCUGCCGUGGGUCGAGGCGGGCCCUCGGCCGGCCCGUUCCCGCCCCGACCCGCCGGCCUCUCCCUCCUCAGCAGUGACGCGCCGCCUCCGAGCCCGAGCCCGCGCCGCGGCCAGCAGCGCGAUGGACCGCAGCGCCCCGGAUCCCGGACCCCGCAGCGCGCCCCGCACCCCCGCCACGCAGCCCGCGGGCUCCGCAGGGAGGAGAACAAAAGCGAAGGCGCCACUUCCUCCUGCUGAGAUGAAGGGCAUAGACGUCUCCUCUGCUGAGGACCCUGCGGAAUCUACAGCCACCAUCACCGAGCAAAAUGAAAACAUGCUAGAUAAAGACAUCGAACUCUUGGUGGUCCUGCCUGGAGAUAUUGUCAAGUCUGCUACCGUUCACGGCAGCAAGCCGAUGAUGGACUUGCUCGUGUUCCUCUGCGCACAGUAUCACUUGAAUCCAUCAAGUCACACAAUUGAUUUACUGUCUGCUGAAGAGACCCUCAUCAAAUUUAAGCCAAACACACCCGUAGGAAUGCUGGAGGUAGAGAAGGUGAUUUUAAAGCCAAAAUCUCUGGAUAAGAAAAAGCCUACACCUAUAAUCCCAGAGAAAACUGUGAGAGUAGUGAUCAACUUUAAGAAAACACAGAAGACCAUAGUGAGAGUGAGUCCGCACGCACCGCUGCAAGAUCUUGCUCCGAUCAUAUGCAGUAAAUGUGAGUUUGAUCCUCUGCACACAGUGUUGUUGAAGGAUUACCAGGCUCAGGAGCCCCUCGACUUGACAAAAUCUCUUAAUGACUUGGGACUAAGGGAGUUAUAUGCCAUGGAUAUCAGCAGAGCCCCCUCUGUUACUGCCUUCAGUAAGCCAUCUUUCCAAGAGUCCUGCCAGAUAUCACACAACCCAGACAUUGUGAAGGAGAAAGAAAACAAAGGGAUUUUCAGCUUUUUCCAGCGCAGUAAGAAAAAGCGGGAGCAAACUGCCAGUGCGCCUGCGACCCCGCUGGUAAGCAAGCACCGUCCAUCUUUUACGAGAUCCAACACCAUUUCCAAACCUUACAUCUCCAACACACUGCCCUCGGACGCACCCAAGAAGAGGCGUGCCCCGCUGCCCCCUAUGCCCACAGCCCAGGGCACUGCUCAAGGCCAGGAAAGACGCGCUUCGUGUGUGGUGAGAUCCACCAGUGUGGACGACACUGAUAAGAGUUCCUCUGAAGGGGUCAUGGUGAGGACAGGGUCACUGCAGCUCAGUAGCACAUCAGUGGGAACUUCGUCUCUGAAAAGAACAAAGCGAAAAGCACCUGCCCCACCUUCAAAAACACCCCUGCAUCAGAAUGAUGAGAACGGCCCUGCAGCUGAUAACGCCCCGAUUUUGGAAGACGGGAUGGCUCCGGACAGCGUUUUGGAAGUGAACUCUCCUGAGGGUGUGUCCAGCCCAGAGGGCUCUCCUGGCCCUGGGUUCCUAAGCCAGGAACAGUGUACUAUACCCAAACCGGCGGAGGAAACCUCGCUCUCUGAGGGCCCUGGAACUCCAGAGGCAGCUGUAGCAUCCUUGACAUCUGGUGUAAGCUCUGAUUAUAGUCUUGAAGAGAUAGAUGAAAAGGAAGAACUGGGUGAGGCAUCCAAAGAUCAAGCUGAAAGUAUUUCUGUGAAGUCGCCUGAUGUUGCUUCAGUAUCUACUGAUAUAAACACGGUGGAGAAUGAUCCUGAUUCAGCCCUUGGCAUCAGUGAUGGAGAGGCCUCUCCAAUCUCCAAGGGGAAAACUCAAGAAAGCAAAACCACAGAGGGACAAGGGCCACAUAAUCCUGUUGUAUGUGACAGAAGCAAUGAAGACAUGGUAUCUGACAGUAUAAAAGACUUGAAGAUACUGCAUCCAGACCAAGAGAGUGCAGUUCAAAACGAAAUCGUGGUUGGUGCCACAAACACAGACUAUGUGAAAAACAGACCGAGGAAAGCAGAAACCACCAUAGAAAACAAAGCCCCAAAGACAGCCAAGGACAUGGAAACUGAUAGAGUGACAGUCUCUCCUGCAUGUAGAAUGGAUAAUGUUAAAAGUUCGAGGGAAAAUCAUAUAACAGCAUCAGCAGGACCAGAUCAAAAAUGGAAUCAACCAAGUAUAGAAAAGGCAAAAAUGCAGGAUGCAGCAAUUCAGGCCACCCCUGCCUGCAGUGGUUCUGAUGGGAAUCACAGAGACCGUAAUUCAUCUGACCUCAGGGUUGAUGAGUCUGUGCAGACUUCAAAUAGCAAUAGAUCAGCUCAGCACUCGUCUGCAAGUCUCCCAGAUUCUGUAAAUGCCUCGAGAGAAUUCAGGAGUCAGGGCACCCCAACAUACGUACAAGAUAGACUCCCCAUGAAAGAGCUAGCGUGUACAAAUGGGAAUGAUGACCCUUUGUCUCCUGUAGAUGGAAGUGAUAAGAAUCCAACUGCUUCUCCCCUAAAGAAUUUUCCACUUUACAGGCAGGACCACAAUCCCAAGCCAAAGCCUUCAAAUGAAAUUACAAGAGAGUAUAUACCUAAAAUUGGAAUGACUACUUAUAAAAUAGUGCCUCCAAAGUCCCUGGAAGUGGUGAAAGACGGGGAAUGGGAAACUGUGGGGAAUAAAGAAGAUCAAAAGAUGCCUGCUGUAGGGCAGAAGCAGAUGCUUGAGAAUAUGAAAGAAACAGCCAAGCAGACAGAAACCCUUGUGGCUUCUAGAGGCUCACAGGAGCCUCAGCCUGACCUUAGACCGAAGCCCAGCUUUGGAGCAGAGCAUCUUUUGCACAGGACUGUGAGCUCACCCGCUGGUACUGAGAUGAGCCCUCCCAAACCUCCCAGAAUGACUACAGACACGGGCACCGUUCCUUUUGCACCAAAUUUGGAAGAUAUAAACAAUAUUUUGGAGGCAAAAUUUAGAUCCCGUGCUUCAAAUCCCCAGGCCAAGCCAAGUUCGUUCUUUCUUCAGAUGCAGAAGAGAGCUUCAGGCCACUAUGUGACAUCCGCAGCUGCUAAGAGUGUUCACACGGCCCCCGGGGUGACCCCCAAAGAACCAGCAAUCAAAGAGGUGCAAAGGGACCCACGGCUUCCUCCAGAACAGUGUGUCUCUCCCCUGAACGAAAGGACUCACUCUGCUCCACUGCCCAAUAUUUCAAAAACUGUUGAUAACAUAAUCACCCAGAAGCCUGCUGGGACAGCUUCUCCUCCUGUAGCUCCCAAACCUAUGGCUCUUCCUGCUGAGACAUCUCCACCUCCUGUAUCUCCCAAGCCUAUGGCUCUUCUUGCUGAGACAUUUCCCCCUCCUGUAGCUCCCAAGCCUAUAGCUCUGUCUGUUGAGACAUCUCCUCCACCUGUAGCUCCCAAGCCUAUAGCUCUUCCUGCUGAGACAUCUCCUCCUCCUGUAGCUCCCAAGCCUAUAGCUCUUCCUGCUGAGACAUCUCUUCCCCCUGUAGCUCCCAAGCCUGUAGCUCUUCCUGCUGAGACAUCUCUUCCCCCUGUAGCUCCCAAGCCUGUGGCUCUUGCUGGUGGUCAGGGAACAUCAGUAAACCUGAAGACCUUGAAAACGUUUGGGGCCCCACGACCGUAUUCCAGUUCUGGCCCCUCUGCCUUUGCCCUUGCUGUGGUGAAGAGGUCACAGUCCUUUAGUAAGUCAUGUCCAGAGUCAUCCAGGGAUGGCUCCUCUGCCCUGCCUCCAACUAACACAGAGGAUGAAAAGACCCAUGUAGUAAAUAAGUCUGCAGAGGUCUGCCAGCCUGAUGACGUUGAUAAGCAAAGUAAACCUGUACAGAAUGACCAGAGUUCUCAAAUGCUGACUUCAGCUGAUGGCCUUUCGCUCACCCUUAAGAGACAGAGUUCUUUAACAUUGCCAAGCCCUGACCCAGAGCUUGUCCGGCAGAGCUUGCUGACCGCAAUCCGUUCUGGAGAGGCUGCUGCCAAGCUGAAGAGAGUUACUGUUCCAUCGAAUACAAUAUCUGUGAACGGGAAGUCGGGACUCAGCCACCUGUCCUCUGAUGCCCAGGACAGUGAUAACACUACCCUGCUGUGACAGACAUCGCAGACCAGCUUUCUGCCCGCAAAGGAUACUGGCAAAUAUACAUUCAGAUGUACAUUAAUAUACAAAUCUGCUCAAGAAUAAACAUUUGUAUUAUGGAUUUAAUGCCAAAAGAAGAAUGGCUAGAAUUUAUAAUUUAUAAUAAUUUUUGCCAUUUUUUAUGUCAUAGCUAAAUAUUGCUGCUUUGGAAAUGUUGAACAAGGUGUAAAUGACUCGUUUUUUUCCAAUGGUGAAUAAUCACUGCAUUUUGAUUUUUUUUUUUUUUUUACUUCUGGAUACUGUAUUGCCAUGAAAUGAAGAUGUAAACUGAGAUAUAUAGACAUACUGUUGACACAGAAGCAGGCAAGCACAAGCUAACAUUCACUGUCUCGGUGUUAGGUUAUAACUAGAAGCAUAAAUUUUAAUAGAGUCUUUUUUGCUGAAAGACAUGGAAAACUAUUAAAUCCAACAAAUAAUGUUCGGUUAUCUUUAUUGAAGAAUCACUGUGAGAUUUAUUUUGUGUAUUCUCUAAUUACAAGUGUCAGAUUUAUAGGAUACAACACGUAUUUUCAAAUAGAACACUUUAACCUCUAGAAGUUGCACAAGGAGACUUUGAGAUAUUUUCUGUAUAUAAUUAUGACAUUGUUUCACAGAUAUUACUUAUUUUCUAAUGCCAGAAGUCUUAAAAUAUUCCUGUGAAAAUGUUGAUAUAUUGUGACAGAUAUUUCACUUUUGGUAUACAGGGAGGAUUAGGGUUUAGUUUGUGCCCACAUUCAGAACUUUGAAGUUAGAAGUUCUGAAAAUCCUGGUUUUGAUUAAAAUAAAAUGCAAAAUAUAGUCAUUUAUAUAGCUCAGAUGCUAAUCAUCUAAAUAAUAAUAUAUAUUUUCUGGAAAGCCAGAAUGGUUGAAGAAAACAGUACUUGGGGUAUUGCAGUGGUUCUUGGGUCUGGAACAUGCAGGUGUCCUGAACUUCCUUAAGAAUGUAAUUGCCCUUUUAUUCCAAAAACAGUCCAAACAGCCUGACACUGUUUUGACUCUUUCUAAAGCUACUGGGUUUUCUGCCAUUUUGACAAAACGUGAAUUUUUCCCCCAUUUAAUAAAAGCAAGUUAUACAUUUGAA